UGCAGACGGGCUGAUCCCAUGAUCUGCAACGGGAGUCUUUAUUAUUAUAUUCUAAUGAUGUAGAGAACGUUCAUCAUCACUGCGUUUUAUGAUGAAUGACUGAUUGUGGAACAGACACUGCUUCGGGAUCACAGCAGAAUCAUGUUCUCCAGGGGAGUGGUUCAGAAGCAGCACGUCGGGCUACAGAAGGUGUUCGCGCUGGCCGGGCUGGCCCACUCCUCCCUCGGACCCUGCAAGUCCUACAAGAUGAUCCGGGAGGAGGGUAGCGGCGCGGCGGUGCUGGCCUGCUCCUGCGUCCGCCUGCUGGAGACCCUGGAGCUAAGCUGUGCGGUGGGCCAACUGGUCGGCGAGGCGGUGCGGGCGCAACACGGUGCGCACGGCACGGGGGCCGGCUGCCUGCUGUUCAUGGCCGGGGCGUGGAGCCGCGCGGCGCUGGAGUGCCUGCAGAGGGGGGUCCCGGCGCCGCUGCUCGUCAGGACCAUGAGCGGGGUUGGACGUGUGCCUGCGGGCGUGCGGGAGACACACGUCCGGUUGGAGCUGGUCAACAACAGCACGCCGCCGCCGUUACCGCGUUCCCCCGCUGUCGCCACACAGCGGCCGGAUGCGCACGCUCGCCCUGGAAGCAUCAGACUGAGCCACAGCAGACACUUCGGUGGCACCACGGCCGCUAGCGCCGCUGUAGCGCUAGCGUCCCCGGCUAGUAGCAACAGAGACGUGGGGCCGGCGGCGAGGGCCCUGAGCCACGGCCAGUUGCCCCGCUCCAUGGAUCUUGUGGUCCAGGCCGGCCGCCUGCAGUCAGCCCCCCGGGGCCUGCUGCUCCGCCUGGACCUGGGGCGGUUGGUGACCUGCGUGGUGCCCGGUCUGUCGGAGGACCAGGCAUUGCGUCCUGCCGGGCUGGGUGGUCCCGGCUGCCACUGGAGAAGGCGGUGCUGGCCCAGCGGCUGGGGGGGCCGGUCUCUGCGCGUGGUGCUGCUCACCGGAGACCUCUGCGUGAGGUACCGCCACCUGGGCUCCAAGAGCCCCCCGGGGCUGAGCCACGUGGCGGACCGCCUGGCCCCCGAGGGGGCCGGCGGGGAGGCCUGGUGGGCCGACGGCGUCCUGGCAGCCCUGCUGCGGCUGGGCGUGGAGUUGGUGCUGGUCUCGGGGGCGGCCAGCGACGCCCUGGGCCCCCCCUGCCUGGCCCGCGGGAUGCUGCUGGUGGAGCGGGUGCGGCCCUCUGUCCUGAGGGCCCUCGCCCGGGCCUCGGGGGCCGUCCCGGUCGCCUACGCCUCCCAGCUCAGCGAGCGCUGUGUGGGGGCCGGGGUGACGGUGACGCCCUGGAGGGACCUGAAGGAGCACCAGGCGGUGUGCGUCUCCGCGCGGGCCCCCGGGGGCCUGGCCACGGCGGUGCUGACGGGCUGCGUCCCCGCCCGGCUGCAGGCGCUGGAGGACGAGUUCUGGGCCUGCGCCCGCCGGCUGCAGCGGGCCCUUCAGGACGGGGCCCUGCUCCCCGGGGCCGGCAUCAUCGAGAUGCUCUGCGUCCACGACCUCCAGGAGCACGCCCGGCGACCCCUCGCAGGCCCCGGGGGGGCGGAGCCUGAGGCCGGGGCUGCGGGAGGCCUCUGCAGGGACACGGUCUUGAUGCUGAUGGCGGAAGCCCUGACGGACUACGUCGCCACGGUGACGGCCAACAGCGGGCUGAUCUCUAAGCUCCAGGCCCGGAGGGUGGUGGAGCAGGAGGUGGAGCGGCUGGGGGGGGUGGCGGGGGAUGGGCGGUCAGGGGUCCUACAGGGGGAGGGCGCUCUGGGGGAGACAAGUCUGGGCGGGGCCUGCGGUGUUCUGGGCGGGGCCUGCUGUGAUCUGGGCGGGGCCUGCGGUGGUCUGGGUGGAGCCUGUGGUGGUCUGCGCGAGGCCUCCGGUGGGCUGGGCGGGGCCUCAGGUGGUCUGGGAGGGACCUGCGGUGGUCUGAGCGGGGCCUGCGAUGGUCUGGGUGGGGCCUUCGGUGGUCCGGGCGGGGUUUCAGGUGGAGCAGAACAAAGCAGGGUGUAUGAUAACCUGAGCGUGAAGGUAGAGGCGUGGAGGAGGGCCAUGGACCUGGUUCUCCUGGUGCUGCAAACGGACGCGGAGGUCAUUACGGGCGUCGACCCGGACUCCCUGCGGACGGAGACAGACUUAGUGCUGCUCUGAUGUCCGUCGUUCAGCAGGGACACUGUUACUACGCAAUUGUCCUUUAUCUUUUUUACGGAUAUUUCUACAAAGUGAAAAUGUGGCUGUAUAUUUUGCAAAAUACGGAAAUGGUAUUUUAUCUGUUGAUUUAAUAAACAACUAAAGGGAAUGGAUUAAUGCUUAACUCUUCUUGAUGUUUCUCACAUUAACCAAUCAGUUUAAGUCAUGAAGACAAUGUUCCUGUGUAUGUUGUUGUUGUUCCUAUAUGGGACACCUGGGGGCGACAUACGCUCCAUGUGAUUAAGAAGCUGUUCUAUUCCCGGCUGGUUUAGUAGAGCAGUGUCACUCAUUAGCAGAUCAGCGACACAUUCCUUCAAGGCUUAGAGAAACACUUCCUUGCGAGACAGGGCUAAUGUUAGGAUAAUUUAUUCGGUGUUUAAUUUACUUUUUUGUAAUUUUGUAAAUAAAAGUUAAUGAUGGAUGUUUGGGUAUCUAUUGAAACCGUGAAAUUAAAUAUCAACCUACAUAAACAAAGAUGAUAUAUAUUUGAGACAAAAAUACUAUUCUCUUUUUAAUACUAUAAACGACCCAUGUAAAACAUGUUUUCAAUUCCCACACUUUCAGAUUCUCUCAUUGAGACUAAGUGGGUGUGUGAAAGCCCAGCCCUAAAUAAUAGGAAUAGCAUAUUGGUUGUUUUGUACUCCAGAUAUAACAAUCAAUCCCUGAAGGAUCAAUAUGUCAAGUUCAACCCUGACACUCUCCUACCGCAGCGAUACAGUUGUCAGGGUUACCAGCUCUGUUUUCUAGUUCUGUGUGUUUUGGUUCAUGAUUGACUGCUGAGUCCGAGCUCCCACGGUGAUGGAUCAGCCUGUUUGUCCCCUGCUAGGGUUUGGUUUGGCCAGAUCUUCACACCUUGUCCCUCCUCUGGUCCUGUGAGAUCAUUGGAGCCGGUUAGACAUGAACUUUCACUGUUCCUGUCCAGUUAGCUUUUGAAUUCCCAUUGGUCUGAGCCAAGUGAUUUGGGGGUUGUGUAAAUGGACUGCGUUUAUACCGUGCUUUCCUAACCAGUGGCCACUCAAAGCGCUUUACAAUAUUACCUCACAUUCACCCGUUCAUGCACACAUUCACACACUGACGGCGGUGUCAGCCACGCAAGGCGACAGCAAGCUCGUCGGUUAGGCUGAGGUGUCUUGCUCAGGGACUCCUCGACACUCAACAGACACAUGCUGCCCCAUGAGUCUGUUGAGUUGGUCUUCACUCCUGACCUUUCAAUCUCUUGUGUUUUGCCGAUGCCACAGAAGAUCUGUGAAGGACCCCACCACUCUGAGGUGCAGCCACAGUGUGUGUCGUCCAUACAGCAAUGGCCCAAGAACCUCACAAGCAAUGUGAACACGGUGGAUGUGAGUCUGACCCGCUGUGGAGCAGCUGGAACAUACUGACCAGUGAGACCUUCAGAUGUGGUCACCUCUGAGCAGAAGCCCUGAGCACUACCUCAUCAGGCCCUCACACUUAGCCUGGCCUCAAGGGGAACCAUGACAAGCCUUUUGGAUUAUAUACUGGAACAUGGGACAUUUUCAUCCUCGCCCCAUAAACUUUAUGAACAUAACUAUUUAUUGGAUUACAGUUAUAGUCCAAGAAACUCUCAAAGAGGCUCUGAGUUGAGUCUCCCCUCAGUGUGAGCAUUAAUGAAAGGUUGCUGUUCACACUUAGGGUACGAGACCUCCUCUCCGGAGUGGCCGAGUGAAGCAGAACCAGCCCUCCUC